CGCCGGAAUGGAAACAUCUGCCCCACGUGCCGGAAGCCAGGGCGCGGCAACGACGCUGCGCCACUCGGCGUCCAGCUGCGCGGAGCCCCUGCGGGUGUCAUCGCGAGACGAGCUCGCCGAGAUGGCCGCGGCUAGUCAAGGAAAUUUCGAGGCCCUGGACCUGGCCGAGCUCGCAAAGAAGCAGCCGUGGUGGCGCAAACUGUUUGGGCAGGAGUCGGGGCCCUCCGCCGAGAAGUACAGCGUGGCCACCCAGCUGCUAAUCGGAGGCGUCACUGGUUGGUGCACGGGUUUCAUAUUCCAGAAGGUCGGAAAGUUGGCCGCAACUGCAGUGGGAGGCGGAUUUUUUCUCCUUCAGCUCGCAAACCAUACUGGCUACAUCAAAGUUGACUGGCAGCGAGUGGAGAAGGACAUGAAGAAAGCCAAGGAACAGCUGCAGAUCCGCAAGAGCAACCAGCUCCCCACAGAGGUCAAGAGCAAAGCGGAGGAGGUGGUGACAUUUGUGAAGAAGAAUGUUCUGGUGACUGGUGGAUUUUUCGGAGGCUUCCUGCUUGGCAUGGCAUCCUAAAGAGGGCGACGCUGCUUCCGUUACUGCUGUGUUCCUCCAGCCAGCAGCCUCUUCACUCCACUGUAGGACAUGAAGCCCGUCCUCCUCCUCCUCCUCCUCCUCUCCCCUGCCGUGGUGUAGCCGAGUGGCUUCUGCAGGCAUCCGUAGGCGCAGGUUACCCGAGAGCUUGACGGCGACAGAAGAGACAGUAGUCUUAAGCUCUGCUCCCGGCCACUCCCCGGCACACUCCCCAGCUGACUAACCUGUAUGUCAGCAAGAAGGUUCCCUCCCCCCGCCCCCCGAUGUAACGCACUGCCCAGAACAUGCUGGAAGAUGGUCAGCAGGGGGAGGGGUGAAUGGAUCCUCAAAGUUGUCCCGAACUGGUGAUUUGGGAAAGAAGUGAGAGCACCUGGCAGCCUUGUGUGUGCGUGUGGGGGAGCGGAAUACACUUGUCUUGAAGCACAAACGCUGUUGCUGUGGUGUCCGCUUUGUCUUAGCCGGUUCCAGGCCGCGGGAAGAGGAGCACGGGGCCGCAGCAACUAGCUCUGAGUGGAGGCACGAGGGCCUCAUGCCCGCCGUGCUGAAGGGUUGUCCUCAGCCGGGGAGGCAUGCAGCCUGGCCGCACGAGAUGCGACCUGGGGUUCACUGAUCAUAGAGAAGGUUUUAAGCUUUGAAAUGUGAAGCGUCCUCACCUCUUGUCCAAACACCAGGGCAGCCGCGGCCCCCGAGUGCCGAUGCUACUUCUCUGUUCAGUCAGUAGCAGCCGAACACUUGAGGCCACACUGCAGGCACGGGGGUGGCACCAGUGGCCCUCGGGAAACAACUCUGCCCCUCAGCAAAUGUCACUCGCUGCCUCCUGAGGGCCCCAGCUCUUGGAAUUCCUCUUUGAAAGUUUAUAGACAACACUCACGCUCUUGGCACGUUUUGCUGCAGUGGCCUGUUGCCAUCUAGAAUACCUGGUUGCAGUCCAUCCGCAGAGCUGAGCUCUUAAAUGGGACUCAGUGUCUUGAAUAUGUGAGAAUGGUCUCAUAGAGGGUGUCUGGAGAAGGGACCGUGACAGCUAUUCAAGACUCGACUUCUGAGCACACGUGUGCAGUGCACAGUGCCCUGCGAAGUGUGUGUUUUUAAGACCUGCCUUUAAAACGUGUUUUUUAACAUCUCUGGGGAUGCCAUAUUGAGUUUAGAAUUGUAGAGUCUAUGGAAUUCAUCCAUUUGUGUUUUUCUCCUGCAAUCACGAUAUGACAUUCUGCUGCCUAUUUUUAUUCAGACUAAAAUUGUGUCACCAUUGCACCUUGUUUAUCAAUUUCGAAACAUAUACCCGUUGUGCUGUUUCGUCGUGUUCCAUACGUCUCAAAGGUCAGCGCUCUUCCUGGAAAGACAGUUACACAGCAAACCACAUCAUGCACCUGCUGAGUGUGCAGAGCCCCUCUGCUUUGUUUGAACAUGUGUCCACGUAGGCCCCCAUCACCGGGUGCAUUUGCCCCUCCCGUGCGUCUCUGCUCGGGCCAACCCUCUGUUCCAGUCUCCCCUCCUUGGCCUUGGGACGCCUCAGCUGGGUGGUCGUGUGGGUCUGGGCAGUUACUGUCUCAGAGGCUGACGGAGGACCACGUGGGAUCAGUGUUCUAGAAGGAAUCACUGACACAGCUGUCCUCCUCCUUCAUUAUGGAUGCACUGUGAGCGUGCGCACUCGGAGAACUGGGCGGAAAUCUUUGGAUGUAAUUUCCAUAAAUCAUGUGGUGGCGCUUAUGGCCGUGAUGUAUGACGCUUAAACAGCCCUGAACGUUAGAGCAGUGUUUCUGUAAAGAAAACCGACAGUGUUUUUUUCCUUUUGACAAAAAGUGCACUUUUGUCGAACUGUAAAGUCAGCUUGUCGAUGCGGCAAAUCUUCCCUUUCUGGACUUGAACUGGUAAAAAGUGCCAUCAAGGUGACUGACAGCUCACGUGGGGGACCUCUGCGCUGGACGCUGGUGUCCACGAAGUCGCAGGGCUAAUGAGCGGGCCUUGCUGCCUCUGCUGCAGACACCGCAGCAUCAGGCACCUCCAGAGGCUGCUUGAGAGGGUGAGCAGGGGCGGGGGGAGCAGGGCCGGGUACAGGGUCUGGCAGCCGUGCUGAAGCCCUGGGGUGAAGGUGGUGCGGCCCGGGCCAUUUAGAGGGUGAGAUAGGGGCCCCAGGGCCGAGGGGCAGUCCCACCGCAGCCCUGAGCCCAGAAGACGCUUGUGUGUGUGAAGCGGCUCUGGCAGCCACUUCGUUUCCGUCAAAGCAGCCAAGGAGAAAGAUGUGAGCAGCGACUCCUAAGGGCUCGGCGAACCUCUGCGGUCGGACUGAGCAGACCGGAAGGAGCAGGGCGAUCGCUUUCAAGCCUCGAGCUGCUGGGAGCCCGGGAGGCCGCGGUCCCGAGCGCCGGCCCCAGCCCUGCUGUCAGUUGCUAAGUGUAGUUUAGAUUUGUAUGUGAUGUGGACACAGUGUAAAUGCUUUAUUAAACUGCCUUCCUGUUCACACAAGACUUGGCUUAAAUGA